AUGUACCCGCUCCGCGCGGGCCGUCGUGCAAUGCUAUCCGAGCUCCGCUGCGCCGCGCGCCCCGCGCCCCUCCUCCUCCUCCUCAAGUCCGUCCUCUCUGAAACCUUGGCAGCGAAGAGGGAUCACAUUUCCUUUGUCAUCGGGCCAUUUCGCCCUCGCCUUGGUCCCCCCUCCGAUCCCGAGCCGCGGGGACGGAGCCUCCUCCCGGGCGCGCUGGAAUCAGUGGAAUCAGCAACGGCCCGGCGCGCCGAGCUCGGGAGCCGCGUGGCCAACGCUGCCGGCCAGCGCCCGCGUCAUCUUCCUUCUGGAAAGAGUCGCGGAGCGGGACUCGGGUGGCCCCGACCGCGCUGCGCCUACCGCCCUUCGCUCACGCGGUGCCCUGGUCUCCUGGGGCUUUAACAACACCCCCAAUUCGGGCUGCGUGCAUGCGCGCGCGCGCACCUCCUCUUUCUCUGCUUUGCCGCCUCUUCCUCCUUCGCCGCCUCCUCUUCUCAGUACGCCGAUUAUUGGGACUGA